UCCGUAUGCUAAUUUGCCACGUGAGACCCAGCUUGGGCGAACGAGGCGAUAGAAUCUGAAAAUGGCUGCGAAUAGUUAUUUUGGUUUUACCCAUGGCGGGACUCAAUAUACACAACGCGUCGCCCUCUUUCAAUGUCAACAACCUGGAUCCUAUGCCCAUACAGCGGUUACUCAACCACCAAGCAACUAUGUUCACCAAGCAGCUGCAGUGACACACCAAGGCGGUUAUGCUACUGCUGCCCCAAGGCAAGCCCCGGCGACUGCAUAUGAGCAGACCUAUCCAGCUACUCAUAGCACUGGACAGUAUGCUGGUUACAGUAUACAUCGUGCACAAGAGGUACCACCCCCUCCUCCACCUUCUGCUACAACCCAGACAUACAGGGAUACGUAUAAUUAUGCUCAGACAACUACUCCUGCUGCCUAUGAUAAGACGCAGUAUUAUCAGCAACCUCAAACUCAACAUACAACACCUUCAACUGAUGCCUAUUAUACACAACAGGCAGUGACCAUUCCACCAACAGUUUCAAAAACUGGAUAUACUACAGCAGCCCCUGCAUAUACUGCAGCAAGGCAGAUAACAACACCAAAACAAGUCCAAGUAUCAACUGCAGCUGCAGCGUCUUAUGCUUAUCCAGUUGUUACCACUCAACCUGUGACACCAGUGACCUACACCACAGCUACUUAUCAGACCACUCCGUCUGUCACUUUAACUGGGGCAACCUAUUCUGGAUAUGAUGCUGCUAUUUACUCUGCAGCAACCUCAUAUUACCAGCAACAACAAGCUCAGAAACAAGGUAUAACAUGGGGUUUUAAUAAGAAGCCUCAAUAUGGUCAAAAUCAGAAGAAAAAAGAAAAACCACCACCAAAGCAGCCCCAAAUACAUUACUGUGAUAUCUGUAAAAUUAGCUGCGCUGGACCACAGACCUACAGAGAACAUUUAGAGGGCCAAAAACAUAAGAAAAAGGAAGCAGCUGCCAAAGUUGGUAAUACAGCGAGUGGCAGAGCUGGGGCCAAUACACUGAGAUGUGAGCUUUGCGAUGUGGUUCUGAAGCUGCAUACAAAGUUGGGAAAACCUAUUCCAUCUACUGAACCAGUCCCUGUAACUCCAGCAUCUACUACAUCUACUACUAUUGCUGCUAAAGCAUCUGCUACUUCAACUGUUACUCAAAACAAGACACCAACUGCAACUGCAGCUAAAACUGUUACAAGAAAGGUCACUCCAAAGAUCACGUUUGUUGGUGGGACUAAACUGAGUACUACAACACCCGACGCUGAAAAGAAACUUGGAGAAUUGAAGUCAAUUCCUUCUUUGCAAGCUGCAUCUGCGUUAAUGGAUGCUAAAACAGAAUCUAAAAUUGAAUCUCCAAUGACUCCAGAGAAGCCUGACGUGCAACCAGUUGGGGAAGACUACAUAGAAGAAGUGCGUAAUGACGAAGGUAAAAUAGUGAGCUUCAACUGCAAACUGUGUGAAUGUAAAUUUAAUGAUCCCAAUGCCAAAGAGAUGCAUAUGAAGGGAAGAAGACACAGGUUACAGUACAAGAAAAAAGUAAAUCCAGAUCUCCAAGUUGAUGUAAAGCCAUCAGUGAGAGCUCGUAAAAUACAAGAAGAAAAGACUCGUAAACAGCUACAGAAAGAAGAUUAUUUCCGCAGAGAACAAGAAAGAUGGAGAGAAGAGAUGAGAUGGCGAGAAGAAGAUGAAUACAGACGUUAUGAAGAAGACAUGUAUUGGCGACAUAUGCAAGAGGAUGAAAGAUACUGGGAAGAACGACGCAGAUAUGAAGAAGAGGUUGAGUAUUAUGAAUGGCAGCGUCGCCGUGGGAUUGCAUCAGGGCCAGGCCCAAGAGGUUAUGGUGGACAGUCUUCAAGACAUCCUAUCGAUAUGCCUAUCAGACGACCAGAUACUGUUGAUGAUCGUCAUGUGAUGGCAAAACAUUCAAGUAUAUAUCCAACUGAUACAGAGCUACAAGCUGUACAGAGCAUUGUGUCAUCUUCUGAGAAGGCUUUGAAGCUGGUGUCUGAUUACAUAGCUGAAAUUGAUAACCCCACACCAAUGGAAUCACCUGAGAAAGAAGCCAUCAAAGAAGAAAAAAUAGAAACUGAGAAUGCAGAGAGCACCGAUGAUGAUGGCAAAGAUGGCUCAAAUAAGAAAGAUGAAACUCCAGCAAGAGCUCUAAAAGGCGUGAUGCGUGUGGGUGUAUUAGCUAAGGGAUUACUGCUUAGAGGAGACCUCAAUGUUCAUCUUGUAGUACUCUGCUCUGAGAAACCGACAAGAACUCUCCUCGAACGAGUUGCUGAUAAUCUACCUAAACAGUUGGCUGUUGUAUCUGAAGAUAGUUUUGAUUGUAAACUAUGCGUAGAAGAAGCUGCCAUUAUUGUCUCAUCGUCAAAGGAGCCUCCUGCCCAAGUUGUCGUUACUCUGUCAUCGCCAGUUAUGAGGGAAACGCAAUCAGAAGGAGAAGUUGUCAAAGACCCUCCGGACGUCUUGGACAGGCAAAAAUGCCUAGAUGCCUUGGCAGCUCUACGUCAUGCAAAGUGGUUCCAGGCUAGAGCCAAUGGAUUACAGUCGUGUGUUGUCGUCAUCCGUAUUCUGCGGGAUUUGUGUCAGCGAGUACCAACAUGGGCACCCCUAAAUAGCUGGGCAAUGGAGUUACUGGUCGAAAGGGUUGUAAGCAGUCCUGGUAAUAACCUUAGCCCUGGUGAUGCUCUGAGACGUGUUUUUGAAGCCAUUGCUUCUGGUAUUCUGUUACCAGGUGGUCCAGGUCUGUAUGAUCCAUGUGAAAAAGAUUCAACUGAUGCUGCAGGUCACCUGGCACCACAGCAAAGAGAGGAUAUCACUGCCAGUGCACAGCAUGCUGUCAGAUUGAUUGCUUUCCGCCAAGUACAUAAAGUACUAGGAAUGGAUCCAUUGCCGGUACCACCACGUUUUGCCAAGCAACGCAAUACAAGAAAUCGUAAACGUCGCCGCGACAAUAGCGAAGGUGGCGAUAAUGAAGAAGGUGAUGGUAAGAAAGACAAAAAAGAAGAGGAAGAAGAAUCGCAGGGUGAUACUAUGGAAACAGCUGCAGAUUCAACUCAAAUAGCCUGACUAUAACUUGUGGGGAAAAAAACUUGUUAACAGAAUAAUUUGUUUGUGAAAUAGACAAGUUUCAUACGCUGAUAGUUGUUAAAGAUAUAUAUUAUGGUACAUUUAUAUGUUGCCUUUUGUUAUUUUUUUAAUGGGAGUUCCAAUCGCCUAGAAUACAUGUGGCUGGAUGUUCCUUGUUUAGUGUUCACUUUAGAAUAUAUUACUGUUAUACGGGCAGAUUGUGGAACCAGAUUUAAAUGUUUGAAUGCAGGUAUUAAUGUGUUUUUGUCCAGUUUGUUGAAUCAUGUGCAUGGAUUGAAAUUAUUCUUUCAUUUGUUUUGAAUUUCGCAAUUAUUUUUGUUUAGUCACUGCAGGUGGAAAACAAACCACAAGUUUUGAAAGUACGAUGCAAUAAAGAAAAGUGCAUACUAGUG